AUGUUGCUUCUUAACAAAGUAUCUCAGUUGUCCUCCACCCCACUGCAGAUCCUGUUUCACUUGAACGGCUGGUAUUUUGCAGCGUUCUUCAUCGCUGAGAUUCUUAUGUUUAUCUACAAAGGGGUGAUCCUGCCUUACCCACAAGCCAAUCUGAUAUUGGAUGUUGUCCUGCUGCUCCUCUUCUUGGGCCUGGAAACCCUCAGACUCUUCUAUGGCUGGAAGGGGAACCUGUGUCAGCGCUCUCUGGCUCUGUUUGUGAGUGUUGCUGUUCUGGUGCCCUGUGCAGUGCUGAGCGUCUACUACCUGCUGCUGCAGACCUUUGUGUUACGGCUGGAGUUUGUGCUCAAUGCUGUGCUGCUCUGCUUCUACAGCUUUGAGCUGCUUCUGGGGCUCAUGACCAUCUCGGUUUUUUCAAGGGCCAACGUUUAUUAA